AUAGCUAAAAUAAGAUGGAUUAUUACAGAGAUUCUACAGAUGAGAUGGUUAUUUGUCUGUAUGACAAGACGCAUGUUAUUAGGAAAGAAAGACUGUCUCGGCACUUAAUUAAAUGUGCUAAAGGUAAUAAAACUGUGAGCAGGAACUUUUCAUCUUGUGAAUUUAACCAUUGUCAUAAAAUUAAAAGGGGUAAUGGCAAUGAGCAUUACAAACAGUGUAAUGACAAACUGCGGUUUGAUGGUUGGUUGGAGAGGGAUAAAAUGUACAAAAAAGGUGACAUAUCUCUCCCUAAAUAUGAGGAUGUGCAGAUUAAUGAUGGAGAAAAUUGGGAAGAAGAAUUGGAACCUCUCCCUGGACAAAAGUACUGCGGUUUUAUUCCGGACAUAAAGAAACAAAAUUAAAAUGUUAGGUCUUUUUGAUUUAUGUUCCUACUACUUGUGUAUAUAGUGAAUAUAUUGAGUAUUUGUGGAUGGAUUUUAUUUUGUACAUAGUUAUCUCUUUUUAAUCAAUGACUCUCG